GCUAUGCCUCCGCCCCCCGUCUGGGACGUCUACGCUGCUGAACUCUCCACUGAAGGACAUGGCUACCCUAUGUGGUUCCCCGAGCCUUUAGAGGAUGGCACCCCUCCGGAGAAAGGAGACGUCGGCUAUAUAUGCGAAGGACGCUUCCGGCGCAUGUUCAACAUAACCAAGCCACCAAGCGAGCACAGCAAAUACAGCUACGAAGUACUGGAGUACGAUGAGGAACUCAAGUACACCUUGGCAGACGCGAUACAGACGAAGGUCAUCUGUAGCCAUAGCGUUACAACCAGAGAAGUGCAGGCUAAUGUGGGCGCAGACGGUACACCAGCUGGCGUCCCCGCAGGUGGGAAUGUGAACUACAAGUACACAUGCACUCGGGAGAGAGGCGCUAUGCUACUGCUCAAAGAGAACGCGCACGAGGAUCGCCUCGCCCACAACAACAUCUUUCCAACGUACAUGAAGAAGCACCACAGCGACUGGGUGAAGCAAAUGAGGACGAGAAACUUCGACACCAGAAAGUUGGAUAUCAUUCUGGUCUACGGCACUGUGAAGACGAAGGAGUGGACAGUUGCCGCCUUCCAGAACAACGAGAGGGGACAGUCCGUCGACAUCUCGGGCACGUUCCUUUCAGCCGCGCAGGUCGGUUUCACCUUAGCAACAGACUCUCAGGCCGCAGCCUCUGUCAGGUACCGCUCAGGACCCUCAGGACCAACAGCUCCCGAGCGAUGUAUCCCGUCACCAACACCGUCGCUAUCUUUGAGCUCUACUGCCAACCAACUCACGGUCAUAGGAGGCUCUACUCCGCCUCUCACGCACACGCGGUCUCGGAGCGUCGAGUCUUCCGCACCGUGCAACCAGUGCAUCUUCCUCCCGCACUACAAGAUCAAGUCUCGCUUCUUCUUCCGAAAGAUCGAGGCCGCCGCAGGACCGCAUCGUCUUCCAGAUCCCGACCAGGACGAUGAGAUGGCACCCGCGGUUGUAGUGACAGAUGGUGACGGCGAGAGCGGAGACGAUGCUGAUCAUGAGGCUGCAGAUGUUAGCGGCCCUGUUGAUAUCGUGCUCGACUACAUUCUCGAGGUAAAUGGUGAUCUUUCAUGCUAGAAAACUAUUGAACACGAAAUAGAACUCGGAAGCAGAGGUUGCUGUUGCAUGCGAUGGCGACGUGAGCUCUCUCUUUGUCGGGACUUCAGACCGCCCAGACGAUUUCCGGCAGUGGCUCGACAUUAAUACGCCUAGAAUCGUGGUUGAAGACGGACUGGGAACGCUUUCUUUGAAGGAGGCUGUCGCGAGAGAGAGAAGGGCGGUGCUCCAUAAGAUGACGCGGCGGGCCAAUCCUCAAAUGCAAGGUCCGCAGAAUCAGGACGAGGGCGGUGACAAUACAAUGAGCCAUCCCGGGUCACACCGCGCAUCCGGCGCCAGGUCCCUCAUUGGCGAGGGGCAAUGCCUACUGGGCAAGGAUAUGGCAACCGACGAGUCGUUCGGCUGGCCUCACAUGAUGCUCUCCGAGGACGACCUCGAGGCCGGCACAAUCUCGUCUAUCGCUCUCGCACCCGGGGGCGAGUUCGUUGCAACCGGCUCGGACGAUAGCGCUGUGCGAGUGUGGAGCGUCAAGACCGGACAGCUCUUCCGGAAGUGGCAAGCCCACGAAGACUCCGUUUGGACGGUCGCAUUCUCGCCCAGCGGCACCCAGGUCGCAUCGGGCUCCGCCGACGCCUCCAUCAUCCUCUGGGAUCUGCACUCCGCCACGGGCGCCGGCGAGGUUGGGCGGCUCAAAGGGCACGAUCUCGAUGUCUGGCAGGUCGCCUACAGCCCCGACGGCAGUAUGCUCGCAUCUGGCGCAGGAGACAACACGGUCAUGGUGUGGGAUCCCCAGGGACAGGCGCUCCUGCACACGCUUAGGGGACACACGACGCAAAUCAUACACCUCGCCUUCACAGCCGACAACACGCGAAUCGUGUCAUGUGCCGAAGCGCGCGGGAUCGUAUGGGAUGCAGUGUCUGGUAUGCCAAUCGCGGCGCUGGAGGACCAUACGGGCUCCAUUUGGAGUAUGGCUCUGAGCCAUGCAGGCGACCGGAUUAUUACCGGCAGCGAGGACCAUACCGCGCGAAUAUGGGACACGGCGACCGGCCAGGAGCUGGUGCGGAUCCACGAACAUAUGGGCCCAAUCUGGGCUGUUGCGUUCUCGCCUGAUGAUGAGGAGGUCGUGACGGGCUCGUACGACUCGACGCUUGCCACAAAUGACUCGUGGAGCGGCGAACGUCGUCAGGUGUUCAGCGAAAAUCCCGGGCCCAUCGACGCGCUCGCAUACUCGAGCAACGGCAAGUUCAUCGCGUCCGGCGCAGCCGACGGCAACGUGAAACUUUGGAGCAGGCGCGACGGGAGUAUGCUCGCAGAGUUUAGCGGUCAUGAGGACAAGUGCAAGAGCGCGACGUUCAUUAAUGGGAACAAAGAUCUACUCACGUCCUCUGAUGACAGGUCGUUGCGCGUAUGGAGCGUGCAGGACGUAUUGCGCCUUGUAUAACACUGUAGCUCAUUACAUGUUUGAUUGUCCCUGGUAGCAUUUUGUCGUCAGCACUCGAAUAAUGGUCGCCAUGCUCCCCAUAAUGUUAUGUGAAGUGAAGU